AUGGCGGGCGAUCGGCUGAGCUGGGCGGGGUUGCUCAAAUGGAGCCUCUCCUACGUCGACGGGGCGGGGCCGUCUCGCGCCGUCAGGUGGCUGAAGCGCGUGUUGGUUUUCGGUGGUGAGCGGCGGUGGCUGGCGGAGGCGGUGGAGCGGCACAUGAUGGUGGACGUGGUGAGCCGGAUGAGGGAGAUUGCGCUGCUCAUGAGCACCCCGCCCGCCGUCCUGGAGGCGCAGGGCAUCACCCACGACGACAUCGAAGAUUUCCUGAGUGAGCUGCAGGUGCAUGUUGAGUCUAUCGACAUGGCAAAUGAUCCUGACCUUACUGCUCGGAUAAAAGCUCUUGGUGCACUAUCUUCUCUGAUACGGAACAACAAACCAGGAGUUUCUGCAUUUCGUUUAGCCAACGGAUAUACAGGACUAAGAGAUGCAUUGAAUUCAGAAAGUGCAAGGUUUCAGAGGAAAGCAUUGAGUCUGACUCACUAUCUGCUCAGCGAAAGCCAUUCAGAUUGUUCAGUAUUUGCACAGUUAGGUUUCCCCCACCUUAUGAUGCGUUUGGCAUCCAGCGAUGACUCUGGUGUUCGAGAGGCAGCAUUAGGAGGUUUGCUUGAGCUUGCAAGGGACACAACACUUGGAAAUAGGAGUCUACUAGCAGAACAUGACAGUUUACGAGGGCUUCUCCGUGGACGUAUGGAAAGCAUAAGGACGAUGACUCCUGAAGAUUUGGAUGCUGCACGAGAAGAGAGGCAGCUUGUUGACUCACUGUGGAUCACUUGCUACCAUGAACCCUCCAUGCUCCGCAAUGAAGGGCUCCUUGUUCUGCCUGGGGAGGAAUCUUUCGAGCAACCUCCUGAUGUGGCUGGUAGAUUCUUCGAGCCAAUCCGCCGAGCUGCUGCUAGGAGGGCCCCCCCUGUUGAGAGAUCAGACCCGGGGGUUGGAACUGGGGGAGGAAUGGUUUUGCUUUUAGGUCCAGCACCAGAUGGUAGAUCAAACUCCCCCAAUCACUGA